AGGGCCGGGCUGGGCCGGGGGCGCGGCCUGGACCCGCGCCGGAGCCUCGCCACCGGGGGGCUGCCCCCACCCGCACCCCAGCGGCGCGCCCCGAGCUCGGGUCGGAGCCCGGGCCGGGCUGGGGGCGCCGCCCGAGAGGGGAGCGGGCGCGGACCCGGGUCGUCUGGGUCGCCGGGAGGCCAGCCCCGGGGUGCUGCGGACGCGGGAGGCGGCCCCGGCCCCGGCCUGUCCUUGAGUGCCCUUACGGUCCAGGCGCGUUCUGCCCCCGCCGGCGUUGCGGGGAGUGUCCUCCGGUGCCCCCCGCGGAGGGACCGCGGGCACUUCCCGGGGGCGGCGCCCGUCGGCCGCCCCACACUUCCCUGUUCCCUGUUCCUCUGGGGGCGGCGCUCCGGCCGCGGCGGAGUUGGGGAGGGGGGCGGGGGACUCCGGGGAAGGUUGGCCGGGCGGCUGGGUGGCCCCUGCCUCUUCCUGCGGGCCUCCCUUCGCUCCUGACCAGGGUACCCUCGUGGGCCCCAGUGGCCCUGACCGCGAGGCUGUAGGGGCAGCCCCUGACUGCGCGGGAGCUGGUGAGCAGGACUCCUGCGAGCCCAGGCCCAGAGUUUGGGGUCCUGCGGAGGAGCGUGGGGCCGCUGGGUCGGGGGUAGGGGGGGGACUGGGGGCUGCACUGGGGACCCGCGGGGAGGGCUGUGAGGGUCGGCUAUGUCAUGUCCAGAUUCCCCUGGUCAGCAGAAACAGCCCCGGCAGGAGGCGGGGGUCAUCCAUUCCUCUACAGACCUGGCGAGAGAGAACUGAAAGAUGGGGGCCUGUGGCAGGCGGGGGAGCUGCCGGGCAGUGCCGGGCAGUGCCAGGCGCAGAGUCGUCCUGCAGGAAGCCGGCUCCGCCUGGCCUUGGGUUGGGCACCUCUGACGUCCUGUUAGGCCAUCCUGCUCCCUUAAGGGCCCUUCUGUCCCUUCCUUCUGCAUCGGACCUCUCUGGUGCUGCUCCCCAGCAGACUGGCUGGUGACCUCGUGACCCCCUGAGAGCCCAGUUCAAGCCCUGCUGGGCCGAGGCUCAGGGACAGCACCGCUAGCAGGCUCCCACGGGCCAUGGGCGCUGAGGGCCGCCGCAGCGGGUCCCGAGUCCGCCGCCCUCCACCGGAGAGGCCUGCUGGGCCGGCCAGACUGGUGCCGCUGGCGGGUGCUCCCCGUGUUCCGGCCUGUGCACAGCUCUCCCAGCCCCUGUGGCGGCUAGCACCGGGCUCAGCCGGGCUUUCAGACCAGCGGGCAGAGGCCAGGGCCACCGGGGGCUGUAGCUGCUAGUGUUUGGCCCACGGGGCUGCCUUUGAACGGCCCUCUGCCCGCUCGGCCUCCUGUGUGGGUCUUAAGCCGGACACCGGAAGGACGUGCCCCCUUGCGCCAAAAUCCCUCUCCCUCAGGAACCACGCGGGGUAUCAUGGCCCAAACCCCACGGUGGGCGCAGAGCCCUAGGGGCAGCCCUGGCCGUCUUGCAGUCUGGGCACAGACCGCCCCCCCCCUCCCGCGUGCUGCCCCCGGCACAGAAGGUGCUGGAAGCAUGGGGGCCUGGUCACAUGAGAACCGUGGGGACGCUCUCAGGAACCUGGCUCUGGUGACUGGUCACACGCACCCACGGGUGUCCCGUGGCCCCGCACCAGGCUGAGCGGCUGCAGAGCUCAGCCCAGAGCAGUGGGGACGUGCGGGCUGGCCUGGGGGGUCGCUUUAUCGGGCUUCAGAAGCCACGGCCCAGACCCCAAGCAAGGGCUCUCGGCCCCGGGUGUGCAGAGCAAGCGCUGGGGUCAGGCCUGCUCCCACUCUCCCCUGACACCUGCUGGCCGCUUGUCCCUUGGGUCCCGCUGCCCCCGCUUCUCUGCUUCCUCAGCACCGGUGCCCAGAAGUGUCUCAGAGCAGGACUGUGACGGUGUCUGUGCCUUAAUCUCUUCAGCCAAGCUGCUCUGCCAGGACCUAGGCUCCUCCACCUUCCUCCCUUCCUACUCUGCUGAGAAGGGCCAGGCGACCUGUGCCGAGCUUGGACCCCGUCUCAGCCGCCAUGCACACACAGACGCCCGGUGCUCAGCGUCGUCCCAUCCACACGAAGCGGGUGGGCAGGGAACAGCCUCUGCCGGUGCCAUGCUGGCAGGCAGCUCCAAUCAUCGUGGGCCGUCCGGAAUGGCACCCCAUGGCCUUUCUGGGUUGAGGAGUGGACUUACUGGCUUCCGUCCUCUCACAAUAAGCGGGAAGGAGGCUGUGGGAUGAGGCUGGGCUGGCUCCACCUCUUGAGCACAGAGGCCCUGUCAUUCUGUGGGUCCUGGCCGCGGCCUGGGGAAGGGUCUGAGCAGGGGCUCAGCAGACAGCCGCGUCGGUUCCACCAGCACAAGGAGGGGCAGGCGCAGGGGGCCGGGGGGCUGCGGGAGAACUGAGGGGUGUCCCGGCCCAGUGCAUACAGCCCAGGAGGGGCCGGUGGGGAGGUCCACGGCUUGCUCCCUCCUGCAGGGACUUGUCUGGGCACCAGGGGUGGAUCCGCAGGGGACUGAGCCGAGCGCAGGCGUGUUGCGGCCUCCCUGCCUCCCGUGCCGGUACCUGGCGUUACGCUUUGGCCGCCGCCCCACGCCCUGCUUGCACUUCUCCCCACAAUGGAGGGGAGCUCUGCGCCCGCCUGCCCGGUGGCCAGGCUGGGGGACGGGCCUGGAUGGUGCCGCAAGAGCAGCACUGGGAGAGCAGGUCAAUAGCUGCAGCUCAGCGCUGUCACCCAGCAGUGCCUGUGUCCGAAGGAGGCCUGGGCUCAGCUUCCUGCUCCUCCCUGGCUGCCCCGGCCCAGACCCGAAGCAGACCCCUUGCACUCCGUCCCUUCCACAUCCACCCGUGCCCUUUGGAAUUUGGUGGCCCUCGAACCGCAGGACCUUCCACCCUCAGCUGCGACUCCCCUCCAGUCAGCAGGAGAGGCAGUAUGUUCUAGAGCCCGCCGGUCCGGAAAGGUGGCUGCAGAGAGCCCCGAGCUCAUGCUGCCCAGUCCCCACGGCUCUCCGGCUCCCCGUCUUCCUCCCUUGGGGUGAGCUGAUGACCCCCGGGAACCUGUGCUGCCAGUGAGGCCUGAGGUUACCGGGCGCAAGGCUGCUUCUGCUGGCGAGCAGAAGCACUGAAGUGCCCCGAGUGAAGGUGCGCGUCUGCUGCCGGUCCCCUCUCCGGAGAAAGGACGGUCAGAUGUUCCACGGUGUCAGACUCACAGACUAGGGAGUCAUGAGGACGUCCCUGUUCCUCUGAAAACGCCACUGUGGGAAACGUAGUUCGUUUCCUUUCUUGUGAUGCGCGACAGGUGCUGUAGGACACUGACACAAAGGGACGUGCAGCCACCCUGUCCCCUCUGUGUGGACGCCCUGACCCCCAGGCGUGCGUGUACGUCUGGUUUGAGAGGCCCAUCUCCUCCCCUCCCACCUUGGUGCCCCGAUGUGCCCAGGAAGCCGGCGGGGGAUGGGGGGUAAGCUGCAUGGCGAGGAGCCCCGACGGCUGCCGGAACCUGUGGGGACUGCAGGGCCUGAGACAAGGGAGAGUCCAGAAGUGCCAAGAGUGACCAUCCUGUAGUGUGCUCAGGCAGCAGCUCCUGGUCUGGAGGGCAAGGGUUUGGGACAGAGCCCUGUUCCUCUCGGGUUUUCUCACAGGAAGUGCUGGGUACCCUCCCAGAGCCCACGGCCUUAACCCUGAGACCUGGCUCUUUGAGGUCAGCAGGGUGGUGACGUCACCUCUUGGGGCACAGGCUCUGGGGCCAGCAGGCGGGGGUGGCUGGCCUCGGUGUUCGCUGGAGGGCCACGGUGAGCCAGUGGCGGAGGCCACAGCGAGGUGGAGCCUGGGCCCUUGUUCGGUCUGAAGGACCUGAGGGGAGAGUACAUGCCCCUCCCCACCAGGGUCCAUGAAUGCUAAGGAGAGCAGAGCUGCUCUCCCACACUACUAGGCAGCGAGGCGCUGGCUGAGCAACGUGGCUGCUCAGAGCCUCCAGCCUCCUCUGGGUAAGGAACAUAUGCAGCAUCUAAAGGGACACAGCCCUUGGGCCACCAGCCGUGGGAGCACGCCCAGGGUGACUGAGGUUCACUCCUUGUCCAGGCCCACGUGUCCAGAGGUGGAGACAGAGCCUGGACCAAGUUGGCACUCACUCCAAUGAACUCUGGCUCAGUGCUGAUAAACCUGGGAGUGGGACUGCAGCCCUGGCCAGAGUCCAGAACCUUCCAGGAAAGGGACUGGCAUCCAGGUGAUGUGCCUGGGGAGGGUCUGGCGUCUGCCGCACCAGGAGAGCUCCUUCCCCGGGGCUGUGUGUGCAUCUGGGCUGUAGGUUGCUCACGGAGUGGCGGGGCCCUCUCCCUGCGGCAGUUCCCUGGCCUCUGUCUGCAAUCCCCCCAGACCCGCUUACCGGACCCCUGCCUUGACAGCAUGUGAGGCGUGAGACUGUGGUCCUGUCUUUGCAGGGCAAGCUGCAAAGCACAUGUGUCUCGCCAGGCCACGUCUGCAACGCCUUUGAUGUUUCCUCCCCAGAGGACCCUCCACACGCCUGACGGGCCGUCCCUGGUCCUGUGACCUGAGGGAGGGUGUUCUGCUACCAGUCCAGGGCCGCAGGGAGGUUGAGGUCUGGACCUCCCCGGGUGGGUCGGGCCUGACUCCCUCAGGCCGGAGCCUCCCACCCUCGGGCUACAGGGGGAGCACCAGGCCACUCGCACUCAGCCUCGUGUCUGGUGGGUGCAUUCUGGGCUUUGGCGGGGUGGGCCCUUCAGGCACAAGGUUCCCUCCCCGCAGACUGCUGUCCCUGUCCCUCCCCUGUGCCCAUCCUGGGGCUGAGUUCAGGCCGCCCGGCAGGGUUGCUGCAGUUUGUGCAGGCUGGUUACCCUCAGACGGGAAGAUGCAUGCCCAUGAGAUCUCGGGGUGGGGUGUUGUGGAACUGGGACACGGCGUGGGGAGCACACACAGCGUGGGCGUGUUGGGGGGGUUGGGGGGGGCAUGUGCACACGGGAAGAGGCAUCAGCAAGCCCCGUGUGCCCUCACGGAGCCCAGACCGUUGUCACACAGGACGCAGGGGCCCUAGCACCAUGGGACUGACUGUGCCCCCCAGGCGUGAGACAGAAUGGGAUCUGGGGUGAGGCCCACACUGUGUUCCCCUCUCUGGCCUUCAUUUGCCCGCUGAGUUCUCACUUGGCAGCAACAACGUGCCUGUGUCCUUGCGGUUCAGCGCCUGACCCUCUCGGGGCCCACAGGGGCAGGGACGCGCAGGUGGGCUAGGGUGAGGGCUGGGGGGUGCUUGCCGUGACCAACAUAGGUGCUCCCCACGUGGGGCUUAAGGAGGGGUCAUCCCCACUGGCCCCUGUGCUCCUCACUCUGCAGGAUCGUGCCCCGCUGUUCCCUUGGAGGGCCAUGCCAGGCAUCUGCUCUCCCUAGGCGGCAGGGACCCGCCAGUCCUUCUGGUGGCGAACACCUUCGGGGGCUGGCACUGCAGCCCCGCCCCGCGGUUCCCUGAGGCCGAUGGAGGCCACCGCCCCGUUUAAAUCUAGGGCAGCAGCUCCCAAAUGAGGGCAUGGAGGACAGGGAUGGCCCAUCGGGCCGCAGAUAGGAGCAUUGCCCGUGGCGCCAUGUUGCCCAGCACCCUGCUCCGUUCCCCGAUAGGAGACUGGCGUCCGCUCUGGCUUCUGCCUCAGAGACCUGUGAAGGCACAGCUGCAAGAAGGUGCGCCCUAAGUGCGCAGGGUUCAGACGUUGCUGGGACCUGGCACCCCACGGAAGCCAGAUGGGUGUUCGUGAAAUGAGUAGAGAUGCACAGAGCGAUGGAUGGCGAGUCCCCAGUGUCCAUGGGGCUGGCCUAUGGCCCGUGUGCCCACCUCGGGGAGGCAGGCAGCCCCGGGGGGGCUUUGUCCAACCAGCAGGCCCUGCCGGGGAAGAGGGCUGCGUGACAUUUGUCCCCGGAGAUCAGGUUUGCUCUGCCCUGCGGGAAGCCCUCACCUGGCUUUGUCUCAAAUUGCAAGGCCGGGGAGCAGGGUGUGCAAGUGUCUCCGUGCCCAGUCAUUCUGACACGGAGCCAGGAUGUGAGCCAGGGACGGGCCGCCCUGCCUGGCAAGAGCUCCCCGCACACUGCCCUGUGCAGGUGGGCCUCUUGGGGUAGCACAGGGGUUGGCCCCUGGGGAGCCCUGCUCAGCCAGGGCACACAUUCAUGGGGUCUAUGCCCAGGUCCUCUCACCACCUCCAGGUGGAAGAUCCCCAGAUGGGCCCUCCUGAGCUGGCUGCUCUCUAGGGAGCAUUUGCCCUUCCGGCCCGCGGGAACAGGGACCUGUGUUGCCUCUGCCCUCUCCAAAGGGACUGGGCUGCCACCAUAUGGCCCACCCCUGGACGGGCCUCCCACCUGCCCCAGACAGGGCCUGUAGGGUCAGAGUUCCCUGAAGGUCUGUCGGGAAGCUGGGGCACAGGGUGCAGCUGCUGAAGGGCUUGGGGGCCCCGGGCAGGGAUGGGGGGCCGGCAUUCUCCCCAAGCCCUCACUGCCCCAGGUUAAGGCAUUCGGGAGGAACAGGUGAGUCCUUGGUGUGCUGCAGGCAGCCUGGUAGCAGCCCUGGGACGCCCGGGGCCAUGUCCUCACUAAGCCUCAGGGCCGGUUUGCCCUCGGCUCUGCCUGCGUGGGACGGAUGUGGUGACAGCACCAUCUACCCACCACCUCACCCUCCCGGGGACAUGGGCAGAGCUCUUUGUCAGGACCAUGAUGGCCCUGGAGCCAAGUGCCAGCAGUUCUGUCCCACGACACCUCCCAUGAGCCUGGCGCCCCCUCCGGCCUCCUCUGCCCUCAUGUACCCUCCAUCUGCCCAGGGUUUGGCUGUGAAAGGAGCAUCGGAAAUGCUCAGGCUCUUCCCACGAGGGGCUCCCACGUGGGCGAGCUCAGGCAUCCGAGGGGCUGUUGGGGUCUGACCUGGAACCCCAGGAGAGGCCGGUGUCUGCAGUGACCCUGGCGGAGAAGGAACCGACCGCUGGUGAGCGUGCCCUGCGCGCUGCCCAAUGUGGAAGGCACUGGCAAGCGGGGCUGCUGGCUCGAGCGUGGCUCCCCACAACAAGAGGAGCGUGACCACAGCAGAGUGCAAACAUCUCGACUGAGCGCAGUGUCACGUAGCCCACACGUGGUUUCACCUAAAUCUCGGGCCGGCACGGAGAUAUUUUGGAUGUGGGGUUACAUAAGAUGCGUCUUGUAGAUUCCUUUUAUCUCUCUAACCUUCUUCACUGGCUGCUAGACGGCUGGGAAAGGCACCUGUGGCUCCCGUGAGGCUCCCGUGGGUCGGCGCCGACAGACGUUCCUUUGGGUGCUGUGGGGACGGUGUCAGUUUCGCAGGCCACGGGGCCUCUGCCUCCUCUCUUCGGCCCUUCUGGGGCCCUCUGGGUAGGCCUGAGGGGCAGGGAACCAGCGAGGCCGCUGGGCUGGUCAGGGUGGGCGCCGCCCUGUCUCGCACACAUCCCCAUUCCUCGGAGUAAAGGCCGUCUGGGUGAAUUCUGUCGCUGCGCAGGGGACUUGACUGAUCUGGCCAGAGCUCCUCUGGGUCAGGGGCCCAGGCUUCUCCGACCCCGGCCCCCUCCUCCUGUGUCCCUCGACCCCCAGCCCCGAGAGCCGAGCGGGCCGCCGGUUCUGCUUGGCCCUGAGCCUGACUGGGACUUGCCUUGUCUGGAUCGAGCAGAGGGGCCUCCUGCUCAACCCAUGGGCGUCAGCUGGUCUCCCCUGAACCCAGACCAUCCCCAGGUCCUUCCUGAGUCACCCAUCUCUCCCCAGGGCUGGGGAGGCUUUCCCUCUGGAAGGCUCUGGAAGGGAUGUGGUAGCCAUUCUCUGCCAGCCUCGGAGCCCUAGGGGUCUCCUCUGGGCUACGUGGGCAUUCGGCAAACCCUCCCCCCCACCUCCGGCUGUCCCGGCUCUGCUGCACGCGCUUGCUUGUUUCUCCAUUCUGUUUGGCCAAAUGCUCCCGGGUCCUUUUUUCUGCAGUAAAGUGUGACCGUGUGGUGUUUUCUCAGUAGGGGUGUGACUCCCUUUGAAGCCCGGCAAGUGGACACGUGGCCAGCCCCUCUGGGCAGUUGAGGGGUUGGGGUCGGAUCUCAGGAGCAGAGCAGGGGCGCUGGUGGUAGGGCGGGCCUCGGGCUAGCCACUGCAGCCCUGCACCUCCGCUCUGCCGGGACCCCGGCUGUGGGUCCUGGGUCCCCGAGGCCGCUAGCGCACUGGGGAGCCCCCCCAGGCUCUGGGGGCUUCUUUCCUGUGAGUCAUGCUGUUUCUCCUGUUUCUCUUUAUUCUCUCUCUGUGUUUAUCUCUGUUGUGUGAUGGAGCAGCCCAGCCGCCCUGUCUCCGGCGUGGGCGCCAUCCUCCCUCCAUGCUCCAGCUCGCCCACUGUGGGCCGCGUGUGACCAGGCCCGGGUCUCUGCGCGGCCGCCACCGCGGGGGCCAUGGGGAGCUCCGCCUCCUCGCUGGCCACCGAGACCGAGUCGGACCACGGCUUCCCCGGGGGACCGCCUUACCCCGGGCCCCCUGCAGCAGCCAGCUGGUGUAGGAGCGGCCCUGGGGGGCCUGUCUGGGGUGGUGCCCUGGUCACCCGGCCUCACCAGCCCCCGCGUCCCCGGGCUCGAAGCCACACACACUCGCCUGGGUCCAUGGCCACAGUUGGGGAGUGGUCAUGUGCGCGCUGCACCUUCCUGAACCCGGCUGGCCAGCGCCAGUGCUCCAUCUGCGAGGCCCCGCGGCACAAGCCUGACCUUGACCACAUCCUCAGGCUCAGUGUGGAGGAGCAGAAAUGGCCCUGCGCCCGCUGCACAUUCCGGAACUUCCUGGGCAAGGAGACUUGUGAGGUGUGUGGCUUUGCCCCAGAGCCUGUGCCUCGUGCCUCCCUGCUGCCUGUCAUCAACGGGGUCCUGGCAGAGCCCAGGGGCAGCUGCAAGGAGGAAGCCAGUCCUGGGAGGACAGUGGGGCUGGUGUCUGCAGAGCCGGCCCGGGGGCAGCCCGACGAAGAGGAGGAGAAGGAGGAGGAGAAGGAGGAGCAGGAGGGGGCGGCCGAGCCCGGGAGCGGUUGGGCCUGCCAGCGCUGCACCCUGCACAACACACCUGUGGCCAGCUCCUGCUCCGCCUGCGGGGGUCCCCGGAAACUCUCACUGCCCAGGAUCCCUCCUGAGGCCCUGGUGGUCCCCGAGGUCGUGGCCCCCGCUGGCUUCCACGUUAUAGCUGCCCCAGCCCAGCCCGGGGAAGGCGCCGAAGCUGACCCUCCCUCUGCCACUGACCAGGAGCCCCCCCGGGCACCCUCCUUCAGCCCCUUCUCGCCCCCCCUGCAGAACAACCCAGUGCCUCGUAGCCGCCGUGAGGUCCCCCCCCAGCUGCAGCCACUGGUGCCUGAGGCUCCCCAGCCUUCUUCCUCUGCCGGCUCCAAGGGGCUCCCCCAGGGCCCGGGGCGGACUGUGGCCGGAGCCUCCCGCCUGGCGGAGCUGCUAUCCAGCAAGCGGCUGGGCAUGCUGGAGGAGGAGGCCACUGAGGGCAGCCCGGCACGGCCCCGGUGUGGCUCCUGCUCUGCGCCUGGGCAUUCCAGCCCAGCCCGCUGCGAGGCCUGUGGUGCCGCGCCCAGCAGCGACGUCAUCGACCUGGCCGGGGACACGGUGCGCUACAAGCCGGCCAGCCCCUCCAGCCCCGACUUCACCACCUGGUCGUGCGCCAAGUGCACGCUCAAGAACCCCACGGCGGCCCCCAGGUGCACAGCGUGCGGCUGCUCUAAGCUGCAUGGCUUCCAGGAGCAUGGCGAGCCCCCUGGCCGCUGCCCGGACUGCAGUGCCAACAGGUCCGGGCCCUGCACCGCCCACAGGCCUGGCGGCCCCCUCCCCAUGCUGCCCACCGAGCGCCCGAGCCAGUGGGCCUGCCCUGCCUGCACCCUGCUCAACGCACCGCGGGCCAAGCACUGUGCCGCCUGUCAUACGCCCCAGCUCCUGGUGGCCCAGCGCCGGGGCGUGGCGCCCCUGAGGCGCAGGGAGAGCAUACACGUGGAGAAGCGGCGGCAGACAGACGAGGGGGAGGCCAAGGCCCUCUGGGAAAACAUUGUGGCCUUCUGCCGGGAGAACAGCGUGAACUUCGUGGACGACAGCUUCCCCCCUGGGCCCACAUCCGUGGGCUUCCCUGCGGGCGACAGCGUCCAGCAGCGUGUGCGGCAGUGGCUGCGUCCCCACGAGAUCAACUGCUCCGUGUCCAGGGACCAGAGCACCUCGUGGUCUGUGUUCCACACCCUCCGGCCCUCGGAUAUCCUGCAGGGGCUGCUGGGGAACUGCUGGUUCCUGAGUGCGCUGGCCGUGUUGGCCGAGCGGCCCGACCUGGUGGAGCGGGUGAUGGUCACACGCAGCCUGUGCGCCGAAGGCGCCUACCAGGUGCGGCUGUGCAAGGAUGGCACGUGGACGACGGUGCUGGUGGACGACAUGCUGCCCUGUGACGAGGCCGGCUUCCUCCUCUUCUCCCAGGCUCAGCGGAAGCAGCUAUGGGUGGCCCUCAUCGAGAAGGCGCUGGCCAAGCUGCACGGCUCCUACUUUGCCCUCCAGGCGGGGCGCGCCAUCGAAGGCCUGGCCACACUCACCGGCGCCCCCUGUGAGAGCCUGGCGCUGCAGGUCAGCUCCACUAACCCCCGCGAGGAGCCCGUUGACACUGACCUCAUCUGGGCCAAAAUGCUGAGUUCUAAGGAGGCUGGGUUCCUCAUGGGUGCCUCCUGUGGGGGGGGCAACAUGAAGGUGGAUGACGCUGCCUACGAGAGCCUGGGCCUGCGUCCCCGCCACGCCUACUCCAUCCUGGACGUCCGCGAUGUCCAGGGCUCCAGGCUCCUGCGCCUCCGGAACCCGUGGGGCCGCUUCUCCUGGAAUGGCAGCUGGUCAGACGAGUGGCCACACUGGCCGGGGCACCUGCGCAGCGAGCUCAUGCCGCACGGCAGCAGCGAGGGCGUCUUCUGGAUGGAGUACAGCGACUUCAUCAGGUACUUCGACUCCGUGGACAUCUGCAAGGUGCACUCGGACUGGCAGGAGGCGCGUGUGCAGGGCUGCUUUCCCAGCUCUGCCAGCGGGCCGGUGGGGGUAACUGCUCUCACGGUGCUGGAGCGCGCGUCCCUGGAGUUCGCCCUCUUCCAGGAGGGCAGCAGGCGCGCAGACUCGGUGGACAGCCACCUCCUGGACCUGUGCGUCCUGGUGUUCCGUGCGUCGUUCGGCAGUGGGGGCCGCCUGAGCCUGGGCCGCCUGCUGGCCCACAGCAAGCGUGCUGUCAAGAAGUUCGUCAACUGCGACGUGAUGCUGGAGCCCGGCGAGUACGCCGUGGUGUGCUGUGCCUUCAACCACUGGAGCCCCGCCACGCCGGGCCCCCCGGCCAGCACGCAGGCCUCCAGCCCCUCGGCGGGGGUCCCGCGCUGCAGCCCGCAGCCACCGGGCCAUGUGCUGGCCGUGUACAGCUCGAGGCUGGUCAUGGUGGAGCCCGUGGAGGCCCAGCCAACCACGCUGGCCGACGCCAUCAUCCUGCUCACCGAGAGCCGGGGCGAGCGGCACGAGGGACGCGAGGGCAUGACCUGCUACUACCUGACGCACGGCUGGGCGGGCCUCAUCGUGGUGGUGGAGAACCGGCACCCCAAGUCCUACCUGCAUGUGCAGUGCGACUGCUCCGACAGCUUCAACGUGGUGUCCACGCGCGGCAGCCUGCGCACGCAGGACAGCGUGCCCCCGCUGCACAGGCAGGUCCUGGUGAUCCUGUCCCAGCUGGAGGGCAACGCGGGCUUCUCCAUCACCCACCGCCUGGCGCACCGCAAGGCUGCGCAGGCCUUCCUCAGUGACUGGACAACCUCCAGGGGCACCCACAGCCCCCCUCUCACGCCCGAAGUCGCUGGCCUGCAUGGCCCCCGGCCUCUGUGACCACCCCACCUUCCCAGCCCCCCAACGCGCACUUUAUGAGGGAGACCCCAACAGAGGACGCUUGAAUCAGAAUCUCAGGACCCCGCCCAGGGAGCCACUAGCUGUAGUAGCUUCCCCUAGGCCUUCCUCCCCGCCCCUCCCUCCUGCCCAGGGCCUCCCAGCCACAAGAGCAGAAUACCUCCAACCCGCCUGGAGCGGUCGGGCCUGUGCGCCCGCCCGGGCCUGUGUGCCCGCCCCUGGGACCAGCCGCCUGCAGGCUGGGUUCAGACGGCCCCGGCCACGGUGAGGCUUCUCUUUCCCUAGGGGCCGGGGGCUUCCUACCUGGAGGAGGCUGCUGGGAGCCUCACUCCUAGAACCGAAUCUGGGCAGGUCAGAGGCCGGGACCCCAGAGUGGGAGCAGGGGCCACUCCCUUGCAGGGUUCAGGCUGGACCCCCAGGGUGACAGCAGCCAUCUCCUCUGGGAUGGAGGCUGGACCCCCAGAGUGAGCAGGGACCAACCCCCGUCGGUGGGGGUCAGAGAUGGAUCCCAGGAUGAGAGCAGGGUCCACCCCUUCAUGGGACAUGACAACAGGAGCCUUCUGUCCUCAGCUUGUCCCCAGAGCACAUUUCCCUGCCCCCUGGCCUCCUCAAGGCAAGCGGGGUUCCCUAGAGUCCCAGCAGCGUGUCCCGGGAGGCAGGUGGCUGGCGGCCACGGGCUCAGGGCCGGGAUGGGGAAGGUCCCAGCUGCCCCUCUGACGACACUAUGCAAUUCCUGGACCUCCUGCCAGGAGUGAAGAAGCCAUGCCCCAGGGGCUGGAGGCCAGGGGCUGUGGGGCAGGGUCUAGCCAGGCCCCGGCCCCGGCCUGCUGUGAGGUGAGGUGUUUUGUCCUCACACCACCUGACCUCUGCCGGGAGGACCAGGGUCCCACAGCAAUCCUGGGCCUCGCUGUCUAGGCAGAGGUAGGCCCCAAGCAGCCCCUCCUAGCUCCUCCCCCACCUCAGAAGCCCAGGGAGUCGAGCAGCUCCGUGACUGCUCGGGCGUCCUCCCUGGAGGCUGCUGUCAGGCCAGAGUCCUGCAUCUGCCCUCGGACAUCGGAGGCCAGCUUCCUGGGGGCCCGCCUGGCCUCAGUGUCCUGUUGUGCCCAGGCCGUGGGCAGCCCUGGAGCGCUUGGGGGCCUUUUACACCUGGAGAAGCAUCGGGACGCUUGCCACUCCCUUUCGGGCCUCCUUUGUAUCCCUCCUGUUACUCGGAGCUGUGAAUAUUUUUAACCCUGUACAUACGGCCAGCUCUUCUGACCCAGAGGCUAUUUUAUCACUUGUCAGUCCCCAUCCCUGCAGGACGGUUCUCCUUGGGUGUUUCCAGACUCAGGCUCCAAUGGACCAAAUAAAAACAUUUUGUUUUGUA